AUGACCCAUCCAACAGCCAAAACAGUUUUUAAUUUUGGCGCUGGACCAGCCGUUCUUCCUCAGCAGGUGCUGUAUCGAGUUCAGAAUGAGUUUCUCAACUAUGGUAAUACCGGCUGCUCGUUGAUGGAGUUGUCGCAUCGGUCAUCCGAGUUUGAGCAGCUCAUAAACAAGGCAUCUUCUGAUCUGUGUACGCUAUUGUCUAUUCCGGAUUCGUACCAAGUGAUGUUUAUGCAAGGAGGAGGGAGCACGCAGUUUUCAGCAGUGGUCUAUAACCUUGCAGGUUGUUUGCAGAAGCCGGUUGACUAUAUAGUGACUGGGGUGUGGUCUGGCAAAGCUGCUCAGGAAGCACAACGACUGGGGGUUCAGGUGAAUAUUGUGAUUUCCACUGCAGCUACAGGACAUGAUGGGAGCAUGACUUUUAGUGGUAGCGAUGCCGCAUACAUCUACUACUGUGAUAACGAGACCGUUAAUGGCGUUGAACUUGCUGCUGACUUUGUAGAUCACUUGCCUGUGGAAUGCCGUCAAGUCCCAGUGGUUUGUGAUAUGAGUUCCAACAUUCUCUCUCGUCCAUUUGAUAUCACAAAGUAUGGGUUGGUAUUUGGCGGAGCUCAAAAGAAUAUUGGGCCGGCUGGAGUGACGGUUGUAGUGAUUCGUAAAGAUCUCUUGAUUGACAACUCUCGUCGUGGAUCUCUUGGCAGAGGAGUUGUAAUGCCUACCAUGCUGGACUAUAAGGUAUGCGCAGAAAACAACUCGCUGUACAAUACUCCGCCGACAUUUGCGAUUUAUGUUUCCGGAUUAGUUUUUGAAUGGGUGAUGGCAGCAGGAGGAGUAUCUGCCAUGGCAGAGGCAAGUAACAGAAAAUCCAAACUGUUGUAUGACACCAUUGCCAAGUUGGACAAGUUUUACAGAUGUGCAGUAAAACCAGGUGUUCGAUCGCGCAUGAAUGUGCCAUUUAGAAUUAUUCGCAAUGGUCAACCAGCACCUGAUUUGGAGAAACAGUUUAUCAUUGAAUCAGAAGAGCAAGGCAUGAUGCAACUCAAAGGACAUCGAUCGGUUGGAGGAAUUCGAGCAUCAAUGUAUAAUGCACUCUCUAUUGAUGCCGUUGAAUGUUUGGUUGCAUUUAUGCAAAACUUUGCUGCCCAACACAGUUGAUUAUAAGUGAUGAAUCUGGUGACUUGAAUAAAUCAUUUGAAUUGAAGUU